AUGGCAGACGGUAAGGCAGAAAAUGAGUUGAUGGAAAUUGAAGAAAUCGCCGUUUCAGACGGAGGGGCCGCUCGCUUCGCACCAGUAGAAGUGAAGAGCGGUGAGGAAAAGUACAACAUCGUUUGGGAGGAAACUGGGAAGCUUCUGCGCUUCGAUGAGGGUGAGAAUGCGUGGAAGGAGCGUGGGCAGGGCAUGGCAAAGAUACUACAGAAGAAGGAAGACAGUGGGGUGUACAUGUUCGUAUUCCGCCGUGAAGGUGUUGGGAAGUUGGCGGCCCAGCACUACUUACUUCGUGGCAUGACGAUUAAGGUGCAUCCACAGAGCGAAAAAGCACUUCUGUGGACGGCGUUCAAGGACUACAGUGAUGAUGAGGAGGGGUUCCCCGAGAGGUUUGUGCUUCGGUUCGCCUCGAAAGAAUUAGCUGAUAGCGGGUUGAAGGCGUUCAACGAUGCCCUUUCCAAAACCACCACAUAG